AAACAAUUCCCCACCCCAGUUGGAGAAAAAAUACCAUGUCCCGAGUCAGUAAAGCAAUUCGACCAACAACAGCAACAAGUGGGCGAUAAAGUAAAUUCCCAGGGAAGAAGAAUUCUCCCUCAACUUCCCAAAAGGACAGGCGAUGAAGAACCCACAAUAAAAAGACCCUGUGUGGAAAUAGAAAUGACGCCCAAGGCGCUAGAGCAUGAGGAAGUCACACAGAAAUUUGAAUCGGGAGAAAUUAGUGAGGCAGACACGCAAACCAGCUCACUUUCGGCGCAUAUUAGUGAGACGGACAUGAACGCAGAGAUAGGCUAUCGAUUACAAGGUGAGGAGACAGAGCAACCAAUAGUAAACCUACAAUCGCGUGAGGCGGGCGGAAAGGCUGAUCUGAGCAUUCAGCCUGAGGAUUCAAGCCCAUUGCAUCGAUUCAAGGCCAUUGCAACUCCUUCCUCGCCUUCUACCACCCACCACCCUUCUGAGGAGGGAAGAAAUGUGCUCCUGUUGCCAAACGCAUUAGUCCACCAUUCCUCGCGUGUUACCCAGCCAUUUCUGGAGCAGAAUCUGCACUUAGAUUCAGUUACCGUAGCAGCUAGCGAGGAAGAACCGCUCAGUCUUUUCACAGAUCCCGUGCGUUCUCAGUCAGUGGACCAUUUACCUCUUUUAGAUUUGGACAGUCCUGUUUCCGAUACACGUAGUAAUCGUUCAGGUGUUAUUGGAAGUUGCCUUUGGAGUAUUCUCUGUAGAGGCAAGUCUAGGCUGUUUGACAGGGCGAUCAAAACUCUUACUGAAAGAACUGAGGAUUCUGCUUCUUUUCUGGAAUCUACAGACACACUUCUUGCUCUACUUCAGUCUGAAAGUGGUCCAUCAAAGACCUCUGGACCCCGUGUAGUAGCUACAACUCGGCGUGUACGUCUGACACAAAUUUGCAAUACAACUAUUGAAGAACACGAAGGGAAAUGUUCAAUUCUUCCAUCUGCUGAACGCGAACAGCGUAUUGAGUUCAUUACUGCUAAACAUUUAUUUUCAAGCUUAACCUACGAAAAUCCUCUUUUCCUAGACAUGACAACAGCAUUGCGAACCAAACGAAGCCAGUCAUACGUCUCUCCGAGUGAAUUUGAUUCUUCCUAUGCAAGACAACAUCAACUUCAUACUCAUCCCCGCCUGCAUGAAAUGCCUUCUCAUGGAAACGCUCCAACAGGUAUAGUGAAAGUGAAGGCCAUUUCCCCUCUAUGUGGACCCCCCCGCCUGAUAAAUCCAUCUCAGCUGGUUUAUCUCCUAAACACGCUCGAAUAA